AUGGCAAUGGCAAGGUUGUGGGUUCUUCUUCCACUGGCUUUGGCCUUUCCGACCCCACCAGAGCAGACCCAAGAGCAAGUUGAGAUCUUUGAGAAGGCUAAAGCACGAGCCAAAGCUGCCAGUGAGGCAGCGACACCUCAGGUUUUGGCCUUUUUCGAUGGGACGCUCUUCCGUGAGAUGUUGAAGGACUGCUGUCCUGCUGUCGCACAUCUUCCAGCAUCAGAGUUGUUGAAGCGCUACCGGGCAGAGGCGCAGGUGGCUGAGUUGGCUCAUGCCUUGCCUUCGGACAACAGUGGACAACGAACACCAUCUGCGGAUGUCACCAUCUCAGAGCUUGGAAACAUGUCUUGGUUUCCCAACGAGUACCAAGUCAAUUUGAUGAGUGGCAAGAACAGCUCCUCCAGAGGUGAGGACAUUUCAGAUGAUGCGAUGAAGGAGAUUUUUGGUUGCAAAGCAUUUGCUGGAGCCGUGCCCACCUGGUCGGAAGCUUCCAGUCGCUUGAUUUAUGUGGCACACAACAUGCGACGGUUGGAUACUGGCUCCGAGCCUCAUUUUGGUGACUUCACGGUGAUCUUCAACAGCAGCCGAAUGAAGGAUUCCGUGCUCAUUGCGCCCUAUGACACGGGCAUGUACACCAUGAACUGCUUACAUCCUGGUCUUCAUCCUGGAUCGCAGACUAAGACACAGUCUUCAUCAGGGCAACCAGGUCCUCCUGGCCCGCCGAUGGCCGAUUUGAAUUGCACCGCCUGGAGCAAAGAUCAUAAAGUUGAUCUUCCUGUCGGAACCCUAGACUACCUGGAUCACUUGAUCUUGCCUAACCUUUGGUCUGCCAUCAACACCACUGUGAGCAAUCAGACUGUGCUCGAUGCUGCACGAGUCCUGUUCAGCCGGAGCGGCAUCUCCGGCAUUGACUAUGAGGAUGUGCCAGCCAUGAAGGAAAGCGAGCGCAAUGAUUAUUUCGAGUCAGACAUCUUGGCAAAUCCUCCGGUGCCUGCAGCAGUGAAGCUGGGCAUUGGCAGCUUUGCAACGCUCUUUGGCACCGAAGAGGGCAGACAGUUGCAGACGAUGGCCUUACGCUACAAGUGGCCACUGUUUUGGGCCUAUGGCGAAGGCACCCAAACAGGUCCUCCACCUCCUCAGAGUCAGAAGGUCAAGAGCCAGAAGCUGAAUCGGCGCAUGGCUGAUCCUUCCAACAUCGUGAAGACCACCAAUGCCUCGGUGAGUAGCAGUGCGGCCAAGCAGUUCGAAAACGUGUGGCAGGAAGCAGUGGAAGCACGCGCCAGUCGGCAGGUGACAGAUGAGGAUUUGCUCCAAUGGUGGAAUUCCUUGGACCAAGAGCUGAGGGUGGCACCAGUAUCUGCAAGCUCAUGUGCGCAGCCACACCAUUGUGUUGGGGUUGAUAUUGCCAAGAAGGACUGCAUUUGCAAAGUGCAGGAUGAAAUCUUCAUGGUUUAG